GUUUUUGACUGUUGCUGUCUGUCACUGUCACUGUAGGCAAUCGUGGAAGUUAUAAUAAUAAAGUUUUAAAAUAAAAACUUUCUUGUUUAAAGUUUAAAUUGUGAACAGGAAAUGUCUUAAAAUUUCGAAUAAAGUAAAAUUUUACCACAAAGCCAUGGCGCUCUACGAGGGCAUUGCGCUUAUUCAAGAAAAACAAGCAGUCGUCUUGGAUCUUGGAACUGAUUACACCAAGUUCGGGUUCACGGGCGAGGCGGCGCCACGCUGCAUCGUGCGCUCCGAGUUCUGGUGCCAGGCCGAGCGCCGCUACAAGCGAUUGUAUGACUACCGCACACCGCAGGAACUCUAUGACAAUCUUGUUCAUAUGCUCCAUUUGUUAUAUUUCAGACAUGUGUUGGUGAACCCAAAAGAGCGCCGCGUAGUGGUGGUGGAAUCCCUGCUUACGCCCACACUCUUCCGGGAGACCCUCGCCAAAGUCCUCUUCAUACAUUACGAGGUGUCGGGUGCGCUGUGGGUGGACAGCGGGCGGGCGAGCGCGCUCACGCUGGCCGCGCCCGUCGUGCUCGUCGUCUCCAUCGGAGCGCGCGACGCCGAGGUCACUGCAGUGGUACACGGGUGCCCGGUGCUGCGCGCGCUGCAGUCUCAGCCGCUGGGCGCGCGCGCCGUCAACGCCGAGCUGGCGCGUCUGCUGGACGAGGACAACGGCCGCGAGCUGCACCUGUCCGACGACGUCCUCGACGACAUCAAAGUGCGCGCGUGCUUCGUGCCGGGGCGCGAGGCGGCGCUGCGCUGGGCGGAGCGCGGCGUGCCCGCGGACGUGCGCGAGACGCGACGCGGCGCCGACGUGCUGGUGUCGCGUCGUGCGCGCGCGCUCGCCGCGGAGCCGCUGUUCGCGCGCGACAACGACCUCGCCUCGCUGCCGGACAUCGUGCUGCAGUGCAUCGUGCAGUGUCCGAUAGACGCGCGGCGCUCGCUGGCGGGCUCGGUGCUGGUGACGGGCGGCGGCGCGGCGCUGCCGGGGCUGCGCGCGCGCCUCGCGCAGGAGCUGCGCCACCUCGCCGACCAGCCGCCGUACAAGGAGCGGCUGCGGGAGCUGGAGUUCAAGUUCCACUCCGCGCCGGCGCACGAGAACAGCGUGGCGUGGGUGGGCGGGGCGCUGUGCGGGGCGGCGUGCGCGGGGGGCGGGGCCGGGGGCGGGGGCGAGGGGCGGGGCGUGUCGCGGGAGACGUACGCGCGCACGCGGCGGCUGCGGGACUGGGCGUGUCUGCUGCACAACACGCCGCCCUCACACCCGCACUGGGACAUGCAGUAGACGCUCUCGGCGAGGGAGAUGACGAGACUCAUUUUAAUCCUCUCUAAAUAAUAUUAAAUUAUAUUCUUUAUUCAUUACGAAGGCGGAUGAAAGGGCCCCUGAAAGUAUUUCCACCGCAGGGGGGUCAGGGGGAGGCUUCUUUGAGAACAUCUGAACUGUAUAGAAAUAAGUUUAAAAUGUAUCGCUUUCGCUCAUUCAAUGACUCUUAAAACCGAGUUUCCAGUGAUAAUGUGAACAUGUAAAACUGAGAUAUAACUCAUUAAAUACUUAUCAUUUA